AUCUACACGUCCAAUUAAUACAUUUGUCGUCGGCCAACUUUGUUUAUCACCAAAUUGACCAUGUUAUUAAAUAUCAUAUCCACAAAGAAAUCACUAACACAUUCCCCCAUCAUUUUAUAAUCAUCAUCAUGUAUCAUAUACCAAAUAAUGUUUGAUUCAUUUCCAAAUAUUAUAUAUUCCUAAGCCUUCAAUUUCCUCCAAGUUAGUUGAAUUUCUUAGCUGCAAAAAUGAAGAGAACACCCAGUCCUCAAAUCACAAGGCAUGGUCAAAUCAAUACACAAAACUCAAAUCCACAAAAUGGGUACUUGGGAAACAAGAAUCAGAGGAAACCCCAUGUCUUGAAAGCUUUUGCAAGAAAAGUAUCUAAAGUUUUGAGCUUUAUUAGCUGUAAGGGAGAACCCAACUCUAGUACACUUGAAAAUGAUGUUCAUCAUCAUGGUAUUGAGAAAGACUUUGCUGCAUCAGAAGAUACUUCUUCAAAAAGCAGUAGCAGAAAUAAGUUUAUAAAUUCACCAGAAUAUAUGAAGGCCUUGAGUGGUGAGAAACCAAAAAGGGUUAGUUAUACGAUUGAAGAGAUUAUCAAGGGGACAGCUAAUUUCUCAACAGCAAACAAAAUUGGAGAAGGAGGGUUUGGUAUUGUGUACAGAGCUAAGCUAAAAGAUGGAUCUUUUGUUGCGGUAAAGAGGGUGAAGAAAAAGAACCUGAAUGAUAGGACAUCGUCAACGGAGUUCAGAAAUGAAAUCCUUACUCUAGCAAAGAUUGAGCAUUUAAAUUUGGUUAAGCUUUUUGGUUUUCUGGAGCAGAGAGAUGAACAUCUGAUAAUAGUUGAAUAUGUUGGGAAUGGAACACUUCAGGAACAUCUGGAUGGGAUGUGCGGGAAAGGACUUGAAAUUGGAGAGCGUUUGGACAUUGCUAUCGAUGUGGCUCAUGCAAUAACUUAUCUGCACACUUAUACAGAUCCUCCCAUAAUUCAUCGAGACAUAAAAGCAUCAAACAUCCUUGUCACAGAAAAGCUCCGUGCCAAAGUGGCAGACUUUGGAAUUGCACGGCUAGCUCCUGAAGAUCCUGGAGCAACUCACAUUUCUACAGAAGUCAAAGGAACGGCAGGGUACUUGGAUCCUGAGUACCUGAUGACACAACAACUUACUGAAAAGAGUGAUGUUUAUUCCUUCGGGGUACUUCUUGUUGAGCUGAUAACAGGAAGGCAGCCAAUAGAUCUAAAGAGACCAGUCAAUGAGAGGAUCACUAUAAAAUGGGCCUUAAAGAAACUAAAAGAAGGAGAUGCUAUUAUGACAAUGGAUCAAAGACUACGAAGGAAUCCAGCAUCUAUUAUGGUGGUAGAGAAGGUUCUAAAACUAGCUCGCCAGUGCCUUGCACCUUCACGACAAGACAGGCCCCUAAUGAAGAAAUGUGUCGAGACAUUAUGGAGAAUUAGAAAAGAUUACAAUGAGAAAUGUGUCAAUUCUGCUGCUUCAGCCUUUGCCAAUUCUGCAAAUGUAGUCGAGGGGGAUGCUAGAAAGAAGCGACAUAAUUAUUUUGGGAUCGAGGAUAGUGAAAGCUACAGAUUUCGUUCUGCUUGACUUACCAGCCCAUAGUUAGGAAUUGUGAUUAUACUUUUCUUUAUUUUUGAUGUCCUAAUACCUAUUUUUUGAUUGAUUCUUUUUGCUUGACCAUAUUUUUCGGAUAAAACUUAACCUCAAGGUACACGAAAUUGUGUGAGACAACUGCAUAUCUAUAGAUGUCUCUAAUUUAUACAAUGUUUGUUGAAGUUGUGGAAUGAUUAUGGACUUCAUAUGCCA